AUGCCAACCCUGUCUUCUGGUCCUUUUGAACCCACAACUGCUUCCCUCAAACAUGAGGAAGAUGAUUACAAAAAAUUGGUUUUGCUUUCAAAAGAUGCUUAUAAUUAUAUAAGAGAAAACUAUUCCAGUAGCAUGGCUUGCAUUUAUGAGUUAGAUUUAUAUGCACAUCCUCUCUGUCGAUGGCGUCUUUUUGACGAAAUAGAAUAUCCAAUCAAUGAUCUUAGUUCUGAUUCUUUAUUCAAGACAGUAAUUGGGUUUUUAAAAUUCAGGCAAAGAUUCAAAGAAAACCUUGAAAUAAUUAAGGGAAUUUGCAUUAAUUAUACAUCCGAUGAAGAAGACGAUCUGAACUUGGAAGACCAAGAGUUAACAGAUGAGGAAUCAGUAAAUUCAUCUUCAGGCGAAGAAUCAUCUGGGGAUUCCACUGAUAGUUCCGAAGAACUGAGAAAAUGCAAAAACGGAUCAUUAUUUCCGACAAUAAACAAUAAUUAA